AUGGAUUGCGAUUGUUCUUGCUCUGCCUUUCUCAUUGAUAAGAUAGCUCUGUUAGAGAGACGUAUCUCUCAGCUAGAGGAUGAAAGGGUAGCGAGCGUAGAGAAAACAGAUACUCCAGAAAGUAUAGAGAAGAGUCCCGCCAGGCGGACUCGUGGAGCUAACGCUAUCGUUAGCAGUGACUCCGUCAAGGCAAUCCUGUCGGCAGCACCACUUGCGAGGCAGGUUGCGGUCAGUACCCUGCCUCACAAGUCUUUUUCGGGGGUAGAAACGCUAGUCAUAGGUGACUCUGUUACACGUAAAGUUAGGCGACACUCGCCAGCGACAGUUAUUUGCCUACCUGGGGCCAGGGCUCCCGACAUUGAAGCUAAACUUAGGGUGCUGACAUGCGGUCAGACCUCAUACGGAGUUAGAUUAGAUGCACCAAACACCGACACUAGUUUCGCAACAUAGCUAGGCUUUGUGACUUCGCCAGAAAGAUGUGUCGUCAUCGAUUCAUUCUCUCUGGCCCUCUACCCGAUAAGGGUAAUGAUGAGCGUUAUAGUAGACUAUUGUCUCUAAAUCGCUGGCUGGCCCUAUAUAGCUCAGAGCAGGGCUUUGGUUUCAUAGAUAACUGGCCCUCCCUGUGGGGUCGCCCUGGUGUGCUCAUGAGAGACGGCCUACACCCUACUGGGUUAGGUGCCUCAAUUAUGUCAAAAAACAUAGAUAGAUGUCUUAGUCAGGCGUGACUCAUCCACUCACAGCACACUGGGCUGCAGGAGUUUAGUAAACCUGCUAGCAACAUGAUAGUCUACGUUGCAGAGUCUAGAACAGAGUCUAGAACAGCAGAUGGGUUAGCUGAACCAGGAUCUAUUGCACCAAUUGUUUCAGAGCUGAGUGUUAACCGGACUCCCUCUGUAACUAACGCUGUACCUAUAUGUACGGUGGUGCAAAACUGCAUGUCAAACGGCAUGUCAAACGGCAUGUCAAAUCGCAUGGUAAAUCGCAUGGUAAAUCGCAUGACGCAUCGCAUGAAAUUAACGCUGUACCUAUAUGUACAGUCGUGCAAAAUCGCAUGUUAACUCGCAUGACAGAGCUGAGUGUUAACCACACUCCCUCUGAAAUUAACGCUGUACCUAGUACAGGCGUGCAAAAUCGCAUGGCAAAUCGCAUAAUAAACCGCAUGUCAAAUCAAAUACUAACAACUAACCGGACUCCCCCUGAAAUGAACACUGUACCUAUAUGUACGGUGGUGUGGCCCCGCUGUCUCGAGGUGUAAAACCCGCAGGCGAGCGCCGCGACCAGUAUGUCCAACUCUGGCGAUCCCACUGAUCGCCUCAGAGCUGAGUGUUAACCAGACUCCCUCUGAAAAUAACGCUGUACCUAUAUGUACGGUGGUGCGGCCUCGCGCUGUCUCGAGGUGUAAAACCCGCAGAAGAGGGCCGCAACCAGUAUGUCGAAACCGCAGUAUCCCCUUGACCGCUUCAGAGCUUAGUGUUAACCGGACUCCCUCUGAAAAUAAUAAAAAGGAAGCACUCAGAAUAGGGUUCAUGAACAUAAGGUCGCUUUCAUCGAAGGCGCUCUUGGUCCAUGAUCUAAUCAUUGAUAAAAAGAUCGACAUUCUGGGGCUUUGUGAAACCUGGUUAAAACCAGAUGAGUUUCUAGCCCUAAACGAAGCUACUCCACCCCAUUACGUUAGCACCCAAGUAUCUAGAGAAGUUAAGAAAGGUGGUGGAGUAGCCCUGAUAUCUAAUUCUAAGCUUAAUUUAAAGCCAAAGAAUAGAUAUAUUUUCAGAUCCUUCGAGGUGCUAGCGCUCUGCACCUCAGCUCCCAGAGAAGCAAAACGAGUUCCAGACUCUUUUGUUUUAGCUGUAGUAUACCGUCCCCCAGGACCGUAUUCAGUUUUUCUCGAUGAGUUUUCUGACUUUGCAGCUGAUCUGGCUACAUACUCAGACAAUGUUUUGCUUAUUGGGGAUUUCAACAUUCACGUGAAUAACCCGUCUGAUGCCCUCACAAGGGCGUUUCUGUCCAUUACAGAUACGCUUGGCUUCAAACAGCUCGUCCAGCACCCAACCCACAUCGGUGGAAACACGCUGGAUCUCGUUCUGACCCGCGGUGUAGACAUUUCACAGCUAGUGGUCUCUACCUACACCUCAGCUUUAUCAGACCAUUUUUUGCUCACUUUCCAGGUGGUGGUAUCCUGCCCCUGCGACGAUCAACAAGCUACUUUCAGCUGUCGCCGCAUCACACCUGCAACCAUUACAGCUAUGGCAGAUAACGUGUUGCGGGUACUGGACUGGAUGCCUGGACUCUCCUCAUGGAUAACCGGCCAGAACCCCAUCACCAUUUUAAUAUGAUGUGCAUGUAUUUACCUGUAUGUCAAUUGUGGCACCCAUUGCACUCCUGACCAUCCCUGGAAGAAGGGAUCCCCUACACUGCGUUUCUUCUCAAGAUUUCUUCCUUGCUGAUUCAAGGGAGUUUUUUCUUGCCCGUGUAGGGGCAUGGGUAAAGGGGGGUGUCACAAAUAUUUGGCCUGUUAAGCCCUUUGAGGCCCCGUCCACACGAAGCCGAAACCGUUACGGUUUUGAUCUAUCCGGUUUCGGAGUAUCUCCGUAAAGACGGAGUCAAGCGAAACCGGGUAGAUCUGUAGAAUCGCUGUAGUACACAUUCCAGGCCCAUGAGGGGCGCCGCUUCUGCUACAAAAUUAAAUAGUAAGAAGAGGCGAGCAUGCGCAUAAAGGGUGAGACUCCGCGGGCUUAACAGUCAUUGGCUAGACUAGGGUCGAGGGGUAGGGCGAUGACGUAACCGGGUAGAUUUGAAACCACCUCCGAGGGUGGUUUCAGAAGUUUGCGGUUUCGGUCAGCGGAUUCGCCGGCUUCGUGUGGACGGAAGGCCGAACCGUACAAGACCUUUGCGGUUUCGCCAUGAAAUCGGCUUCGUGUGGACGGGGCCUGAGACUGUAAUGGUGAUUAAGGGCUAUACAAAUAAAAUUGAAUUGAAAAUUGAAUCUAUCUUACGGUGGCGCUGAGCAUUCACCAAAUAAAAAAAAGUUUCACAGCUAAUGUAGCCGUUAGCACACUCAGGAUCUCGUAAUUACGAGAUAAUAUCUCGUAAUUACGAGAUAAGGAUCUCGUAAUUACGAGAAAAGAUCUCGUAAUUACGAGAUACGGAUCUCGUAAUUAUGAGAAGGAUCUCGUAAUUACGAGAUAAAAUAUCAUAUUUACGACAUAAGGAUCUCGUUUACGAGAAAAGGAUCACGCCUCUCAUUCACCAAUAACGUUGCUGUCUAGCUGCAGGCCAGCAAAGAUGACGCUAUCUGACGCUAUCGUAUUUAAUCUCCUGCUCGGGUUGAGGCAUUGGGUAAUAUUGAUGUUCCUUAAAAGAGAGGAGGGCAUUAAUAUAAGUAUGUCAACAUUGCGCAGACAUCUGAAGUCAUUGGCCGGCAAAGAUGACGCUAUCCGACGCUAUCGUGCUUUAUUUCCUGCUCGGGUUGAGGCAUUGGGAAAUAUGGAUGUUCCUUAAGGCCCAAUCCCAUUUCUAGCCCUUACCCCUUCCCCUUCCCCCUCCCC